CCGGCACACGCAAUGAUAAUAUUGUUAAAUUAGUUUUGGAACAAUUUCUGAGUAUACUAGUAACCAAAAUUUGUUGUGAUGUUCAGGAAGCGAGUCCUAAAAAAGACGUCUACAUAAAAAUGUGUAUCUGUGCAUUUCAUAACAUCAUCGACCAGAUUGACCCUGCUACAGGAAUCCUCGUAAUUUAAUUUGUGCCGGUUUUUUAAUUGUACUUCUGAUUUAAUCGUAAGCUGCUUGCAUUUAAUACGAGUACCGUUGAUCAACAAGCGUGCUUGGCAAAGUAGAAUUUCGUAGAACUGAGAAGGUAUAUCAUGUUUGAUCACGGAACAGUUGCUAUACGUUGUUGCGAAUUUUGGUACGUUCUUACCAUUAAUGACUAUGUAAUUAUUAGUACUUAUUACUUAACGCGAUUAAAUUUGUCGACAUAUGCUCUCUAUUCUCUAAUUGUGCUCCACUGUAUAACUCAUUGUCCUCACUUCGUUGCCGGCCGCACCAACCUUCUCAAACACCAACCUUUUCAUACAACCUUUUCAAGUAAAAAUCCACUAGACCAACAUAACUUUUCAAUCCCAGUUUGCGAUGGCUAAUCCAUAGUUACAAGUUACCACAAAUAACCAUCGCUGAUAACACGAUCACGAAGCACAAACAAAAAUUCAGCUGCUGCAAUAAGCUAGGUCUUACGUAAAAUAACAUUCAGCAGGAACGCAGGUCCAAAGAUUACGAAGGACACUAACGAUUUUGGUUGUUUUUUCAAUAUGUUGAAAUGUGUGCAAUCAUUUUAAUGUAAUGUUGUGCAAUCAUUUUAAGUAGUAAUUUGCGCUGGUGUAUUGAUAUGUGUACAUGUAUAAUUGUAUUGGCUGAUGCCGAAUAAAAUGGUUUUUCAGCAAGAAAGCAGGUUCAUUUCAGCAAGAAAGCAGGUGUUGAGGAAGCAGGUUCAGGUCCUUUAAUCACUUUCGUUCAUUAAAAUGUUAAGCAGUCAAGCAGACUCAAGCGACUCAAGCUCCCUAAAUGGACACCAACGGGCAUAUCUCCAAACGCCUUCGGUCGAGAGUUACUUACUCAAAUGCUUUAACAACGUAGUUCGUUCCGCUAAAAUUUAUCUGCAUUUUAAUUUUUUUAUUUUGGUGAGUCUGCAACAUUUUUUGAAAAAUUGGCAGAAUCGUAUUCUUGAUUAGAACCUGUUGAUGUUCAGUGACCAAUCAUUUCUGUGAACACGAUUUUAGUUACUACCAUAACAUCGAAGUCUUCCCCAUUCAGUAGAUACCCUUUGAUUUUGGUUUGAUUGUGACGACAUAUUUGUUUGGCAACAUCUUCCCGACACAAUGGCGGAACCCACUCGCCCCCGAUUCUACGUCGCCUCUUCUGAGCCGGCGGGAGCGGUUACAUCCUGCGCCUGUGGCAAUUUUUUUCGACCAACAGAGCGAAAUCUGGCCGUGGCUAAGAAAGAUCAGCUGGAUAUCAUGGGAUUCGCGAGUGAAGGAGUGAAGAUCAUCGCGACUACACGUACAUCCUCCGCAAUUUCUCGCAUCCUGACAAUCCAUCCGUCCUGGGCCAAGAACGAUCUGCUGUUCGUUCUCAUGAUUAACUACGAUGUGUUGAUGUUGGAAUUGGGCACGGAUGGCACCCAUCGUCCUUAUAUCCGCACGGUAGCCGCCGGAUCGGUGCAGGAUAAAGUCGGCAGAGUGACGGAGCAGAGCAACCAGGUCGCUGUAGAUCCCGAGAACCGCUGUAUCGCGCUGCAUAUUUACGAUAGUUUGGUGCGCAUCAUACCUUUGAAAGACACUGCUGAGCCGAAGGAAAUUGAGAGUUUCAAUAUGCGCGUUGAGGAAUGCAACAUCGGUUCGAUAGUGUUUCUUCACAAUGCUGCGCGACCAACUUUGGCUCUCCUCCAUAAGGAUUUGUACGGAACUCACAUCUCCAGCUAUGAGGUUGAUUUCCAGGAGAAAGAGCUCAAACCACCCAAGAACAAGCACGUGGAGCUGAAGAAUUUGGAGAACGAUACCAUUUCCUUAUGCAGUGUUCCCGGAACGAAUCAGGGCGUCAUUGCGUGUGGUUUUAAUACGCUGACCUUCGCCGAUGUGGACGGUGUGGGCAUUACCGCUGGAGUCAAGAAGGAAAAUCGCGGUUUAGGUAUCGCCUACGCGCUGCUGCAUGAUUCGCCCACCGGAACCAAAUUCUUGGUGGGAGACCUGUCAGGAGCACUGCAUGUGAUUUUUUUAAAGAAGACCCCUUCCGAGAAGUCUGGACACGCUCAGGUGGUCGAGUGCGGUGUCAUUUCGUUGGGAGUAUUGACUAUCACCUCCUGUUUAGCGUAUCUGGAUAAUCGGGUGGUUUUCGUUGGUUCCCGAUUGUCGGACUCCAUGAUAAUACGGCUGCGAGACGAUCCGAAUCCGGAAACAGGCAACCUAUUCGAUGUGGCAGAAACUAUUUCCAACAUCGGUUCUAUUACGGAUUUCUCACUAGUGCGGUCUGAUAAUCAGGGCACGCAGCCGCAGAUGAUUGUGUGCUCGGGUAUGGGGCCGGGAUCUCAUGCUCGCAUUGUGCGCAGUGGGAUCGGGAUGCAGGAGACAACAUCCCUGGACGCUCCAACCGGGCGGCAGAUCUUUGCUCUGAACUCGCAAAGUGCUGCUUUUGGACCACAUGAUUGGCUGGUGGCCAGCUUUCUGAGUGAAACCAAAGUACUGAGAAUGGAGAAUGAAGUGGGAGAAUUUGAGGACCUUAUUGACGUGGGUGCAUUCGUCCUGAACGAUUCCACUCAACUGGCGGCAAAAGUGAACGGGUUGAUUGUACAAGUGACUAAAAAAAGUAUUCGAAUCAUCGUGCCUGGUGAACUCACUUUAAAGGAAGAAUGGUUUCCAUCGGAUCGCUCUCAUCAGAUCACUAGUGCAGCGUUUCAUAAUAAUCAGGUCGUUGCUGCUGCUUUUGACACAUUGCUCAUUGUGGAUUUGGCAAGCAACUCUACAGGUUCCCGCUUUAAGGAAAUCAAGUUGGAUGAUCAAAUUUCCGCCGUAGAUAUUCAUUCAUUCACUCCAGGUGAAGCAGCAGAAUACAUUGUGGUUGCCACGUGGAAAAUGGAUUUAGUCUUGCUGUCAGCACCGGAAUGGAAACGUUCUGCCACAGUUGAUUUGAACACGGAUGUUUUCGCUCGCAGCGUCAUGUUGCAGGAACUAGAUGGCGUUGACUAUGUCAUUGCUGGAUUGGGUGAUGGUAGUUUGCAAUACUUCGUUUUGGACAAGAUUAAAGGAAAAGUAAAUCAGCCGAAACGUGUUAGUGUAGGCACCCAGCCGACUUAUCUGCAGUCGUUUGUCGCCAGAGGUACCACCAACAUUUUUGUAUGUAAUGAUCGUCCCAGUGUGAUCCAUAGUUCAGGCCGAAAGCUCGUCUUCUCCAAUGUCAAUAUGAAACAUGUAUAUGCGGUGUGCCAGUUGAAUUCUUCUGUUUAUCCCAAUAAUUUGGCCAUCAUAACGGAGACUGGUUUAGUUGUGGGGAAAAUGGAUGAAAUUCAGAAACUGCACAUCCGGUCGAUUUCGCUGCCGGGAACGCCGAGGCGGGUGGCUUGUCAGCCGGAAACCGGCACAUGUGGAUUUAUUGUGAUGCAGAACCCCAUGGAAUUCGAUGUCGAUGCGGCGGGAGACAGCGAGAUGAUAGAGGAACCGGAGGAGCCACCGGCGAAAUUCGGGCAGAUGCCAGCGCAGAAGUUUCUGGUCACCGAUCAGACGAAUUAUCAGAUUCUGGCCACGUUUCCACUUCUGCCUGAUGAGACCAGUAUGGCUUUAGCUAGUGGAAAUCUUGGCAACGAUCCAAGAACGUUUUACAUUGUGGGAACGGGAAUUAGCAAAAAGGACGAAAAGGAAUGCACUAAUGGGAGGAUUUUAGUCUUUCAGUACGUCGACAAGACACUGAGUAUAGUGUGCGACGCGAAGACCAGAGGCUUGCCGACUCAUAUGGAAAUUUUUAAGGGCAAAUUGUUGGUAUCAAUAGGAUCAUCUUUAAAGUUGAUGAACUGGAAUGAGGAAAGCCAGGAGCUGGUGACGGAAACUGCCAUGACUCAGUUCAUUAUGCCUGUCUUUUUCAAGACGAAAGGCGAUUUUAUCCUCGUUGGCGAUCUGAUGCGCUCGAUCUCGGUGUGGUUGUAUCGCAGCGCUGAGAACAAAUUCGAUAUGAUUGCAUCCGAUCCGUUUGCGCGGUGGCCCACUAGCGCAGAAUUCAUUGAUGACGAUGUUUAUGCACUGAUGGACGAUUAUGGGAAUCUCUUGUUCUUCCGCCGGGAGACUGAUCCUGCCAGUGGGGACCGCUCUGAUUUGACUGAAGUGGCUGCCAUUAAUUUUUCGGAUACCGUUAAUCUUAUCCGGAAAGGAACGCUAUUGCCCGAUACCGCCGUUACAGAGCGCCCGUUUGCUGAUGGAGCGCUGAUUUUGGGAACGCAAGCUGGAGCCAUCAUGCACAUUUUGAGUAUUGAUGAAAAUACUUAUCAGCUGUUAAAGCAGUUGUGUGACAAAUUAAUCCGAAAUAUCAUCCCAUUCGGACGGGUCAACCCCGAGAAAUACAACACAGUGCAGCGUCAUGCGGGAUCAGUUGUGCCAGCCUACGGAGUUAUAAAUGGGGAUCUCAUCGAGAUGAUUACCACAAUGAGCAGCGAAGAAGUUCACGAAUUGAUUGUCGAUAUGAAGGAUGCCUCUAACAACCCGGUUACGGUUGAACAAGUUACGCGAAUUGUGGAAGACCUUGCACGGUCCCAUUAGAUGUGGAUAUCGGGAAUGUGUUGUCGUGAAAUCCAGUUUUCUGCCUUUGGCAGUAAAAGAUGUUAAUGUCCGCCGUUUUUGGCCGGAAUUUCGGAUAUGCUGUUAAAUUACUGUUUCGCUUUAUAAUGAUUGAUGUUUGUUUUAUUGUAACUACGACUUUCAGUACUCGUAGGCAUACGUACAGAAACAUUUUGUUUACUGCGUAUUUGCAGAUAUGGAUUCUAUAAUUUUUUUAAGUGCGUUCCUGUGCUGUAUUAUAAAUGUUCCCUCAAACUGAUGAAGAAGUAAUCCAUCUGACGAUAGGUAGCCGGUUUUGUGAAUGCAUAAGUAGUUGCUCCAGAUGCGAGUA